AUGAAAUCCCCAAAUUUUUUAAACCCCUGCUUCUUCUCCCUCGUCUCCACCCCAACCCCGACCCUCACCCACAUUCACCGCCUCCAAUCCUCGUUGCCUCCUCUGGCCUCAGACUACGUGUACUGUUCAUCUUAUAAUAAAAUCGUAAGGGAUUUAGGGUUUUUCAAAAGGAUCGCUACAUCUGCUCACUUCUGCUCACCUCUUACCUCCGGAGACCUCCGCUCAACUCUUCCCACUGGCAACCUUGAGUUCAUCUCACCUCACCGAGAGCUUUGCAACUUAAUCGGACGUGGCGGUGCUGAAUCUUCCGAUAACGCUGUUGGAGGUGGUGUUGGUGGUUACUUAGAUUCUGAUGAUGAUGAAGAUGACAGAUUCGAUGAUGUGGAGAUUCUGGUGGAUCAUCCGAUGUCAGACUAUAACAUCAGGAUCGAGGCACUUCCGUCUAGUAUAAUCAACAAUCUGCACGAAAUCGCAAAAAGGAUGGUCACUGUCGGCUACGGAAAAGAAUGCUCGCUUGCUUACAGCACCUACCAGAGGGAGUUUUUAGAAGAAAGCCUCUCAAGAUUAGGUUUUUUAGGGUUAUAG